UAAAUUCCAAUAGUCGCCCAAUUUCACACUUUCCUAAUUGCUUUUAGAAUUUUACUUUUCUUAUUAGAAUAGCAAAUGAAAUUGUUUUCUGGUAGAAAAUAUGUGAACUCUUAUUAAUAAAAUUGUUAAGAUAUAAAAUAAGAUUUGUAUUAAAAGUUUCCUUAAAUGCCUACGGAAUAUAUGCUCAAUGGAAGCGAGAAAUAAUGUUCAAUCCCUAUAAGCGAGCAUAGUCAUGGAGUCUUGAGUAAUUUCACAGGUGUGCGUGCGACUCUUUGUAUUUUCCGCCCAUUCACUGGACUGGUUUUUGUUGUUGAAUGCAUUUGCUCAACCACAAGUGUGGGAAUUUCUGAAUAGUACGAUUUGUAGAGUGCUAGGUGCCAAGCGACGGAAACAGCAAUAAUACCAAACGCAACGAAUUCGGUGAGCAUUAGUUGAAUUGAGAUGUAUUGGUGGUGAUCAUUACUCAGUUUAGACAUCGGAAUGGAAUGUGAUGUGAUCGGUUAAAUGGUUUGCCAAUAAUAAAAUAAGCGCAAAUCUACUAUCCUUGAAAUAAAUAGUUUGUGUAUGGUCCAAAAAAGAUCAUUGCUGUCGAUAAUUUGUAAAAAUUAUGAAAAAUUUUUGCAACUGCUAAAUACAAAAUUAAUUAUUAAUACAAAGUUAUAUUGCCUGGGCAUGGAUGAGCAUACGCUAAAUGAUUUACUUGAGUGCUCGGUUUGUUUGGAGCGUUUGGAUACUUCAUCCAAGGUACUGCCUUGCCAACACACCUUUUGUCGAAAAUGUUUGGAGGUGAUUGUGUCCAGUCGCCAAGAGCUUCGCUGUCCGGAGUGUCGAGUUUUGGUUGAGGUAAAAAUAGACGAUUUGCCACCUAAUGUGCUCUUAAUGCGGAUACUAGAAGGUAUGAAAAAUGCAGCGGCUGCUAAGUCGCAACAACAACAACAACACAAUACGCAUAACUCCAAAUCAAGUGCAGAUGUACGACAUAUCACCGAUUGUAAACAGCAACAGCAAACACACUAUCCUUUGCAACAAUUGCAAUAUAUCCAACAAAGGCAACAUCAUCACUCGCAUUCAAGUCCACUGCCCCAACAGUCACAAGGACAAUCAGUUACUGUUGGUAUUAACCCAAGCGGCAGUGCUCAACAGCUCCCUCAACAACAAUUGGCACAGCAGCGUCGUUGCAUGCUGCCGCACGCUUACGCCCUGUAUGAUUUUGAGUCGUCCGAACCGUCGGACUUACAUUUCAAAAAAGGUGAUCUAGUGCUACUGAUGCGAAAAAUAGACACUAACUGGUAUGUGGGCCAACUCAACAACGGCAAUGGCGUUAUUUCCGAAGGUACUUUUCCCAUUAAUCAUGUCCAAGUUAUUGUACCACUGCCAUCACCUCAAUGUGUUGCUUUAUAUGACUUUAAAAUGCCACCGAAUGAGGAACAAGGAUGCCUUACAUUUAAAAAAGGUACUGUAAUACAUGUGCUACGAAGGGUUGAUCACAAUUGGGCAGAAGGUUGUAUUGGGAGUACAAUUGGAAUUUUUCCCAUUGCCUUUGUUGAGCUGAAUCCGUUGGCUAAACAAGUGCUCGAGGCGACUUACAUAGUUGCCAAUAUACCAGCUUCAUCGUCAACAUUAACACUACCCGCAUGCGGUACAGGCAAAGGAACUGCGCCGCAAGCCUCUGUUGCGCCCCAUCCACCGUUAAGCCUGCUACGAAAUCCACCACCCAUGCCUGUAAUUGAUGUGAACAACAGUGAUUCUACAACAUCUUCAUCUUCGCCAUCUAAUUCAUCAUCAAAUGCAACUAGUCCGCAUUCGGUCAAUACAACAACAACGAUAACAUCAACAAAUAGUCCUAUAAAUGCCAGCGGUGGAGGAAGCUCAGCUUCAAUGCCCAACAGCCCGAAUCAAUCGUUACCAGCUUCGCCGCAACAUGAAAUUUCAAACAACAAUGUCGUUACUGGUUCAAGUUCGGUCCGAUUCCGUGAUAAACGCGAAAAACGCCAUUCGCUGAAUGCGCUGCUAUCAGGCAGCACGUUGCACUCAGGAUUGGGAGCGGGAACCACGCUCAGCAUAUUGCAAUCCAAUCGCCAUUCAGCCGAAAUCCUAAGCGUACAAACUGAUGCUUCCGCUUCUUCUGAAGUUGAAAAUCUGCAAGCUGUGGGUGGUGGACAAGAAGCUGCCACCACAAGGUGCGCGGCAAUGCCUCAAAGCACUUUCGCACGGGAACAGCAGCAACAGGCUCAGCACCAGGAACCGCAAAUCCAGACGAAACCGGCUGAACAACGGGCAAACGUGCUAAAAUCCAGCAUCGUGCAACAACAUGUGCCGCAAAGUUUGCCCUGGGGAUAUCUCGCGCUUUAUCCAUAUAAGCCUCGUAAAAACGAUGAACUGGAAUUGAAGAAAGGAUGCGUUUACAUAGUCACCGAGCGGUGUUUGGAUGGCUGGUAUAAAGGGAAGAACUGGCAGGACAUCACCGGUGUGUUUCCGGGAAAUUAUGUAACACCAUUACGAAGCCGCGACCAGCAACAAUUGAUGCAUCAAUGGAAGUAUGUUCCACCACAAUGCUCGCCAAAUGCAACUCCCGCACCAAAUGUAUCUCUAGAAGUGCAGGCACAGGUUGCCAUGUCUUCAGCUUCUCAGCGAAUACAAAGCCUGCAUCAGCCGCCGGACUUACCCCCACGACAGGUAAGUGGCACACUGCCAAUUUCAUCGGUUUGGACAAAGCCGCUCGGCCACACAGUGGAGGCAUUCUUCAAUCGAUACAGCAAGACACACGAUAAUUUAAAAGAUCACACCGGCAAAGAAAGAGAAGUCGCCAAGCAAAAAGAAAAUACGCAGAUGAUGCUUUCAAAUGUAGCUCCAUCAGCGACUGUCGCCUCUUCAUCAACCACAUCUAGUGCUAUGCAGCUAAUGAAACGUUUAGCGCAUAUUAAAUCACGUUCUAAGUCGCCAAGUAGUGUAUUAGCACGUCAGCAGCAGAAAAGUCCACACUCUCAAUUAGCCCACGACAAACCAAACUACGACGAUUCCAUGCAAAAUAACAGUAAGAAUGUUGGAGUUCAUGUGACACAAAAAAAUAACUCGCAUAUCAACUCUGUUGGCACCCACGGACAAUUACAUCCUGUGCAUGUGCGUUCCGGUUCGUGUCCUAGUCAGUUGUUGCAGAGUUUGCCGCUUGACCUAGCAGUUUCCACGUCAGCAGCUACAAGCUCAACAGCAAUGACUCAAAUCCAAGAAAACGCACAGAAAGCACCGACCCACUUUUCACAACAGAAACAUCAGCAGCAUAUGCAGCAAAUUUCGACACAGGCUGUGGGCUAUGGAUCACAACAGAUGAGAGGUCCCAAAGAGCGUCCGCACUUGCAAAACGCUCGACAGUCUAUUGAUGCUGCCACAUUGAGAAGCAUUUAUAACACAACAGUUGCUCAACAACAGUCGGUAAAUGCACCAAAAGUGGCUAGCGAACAAAAUCAACUUGUUUCAACAAAAAAUAUAAUUGCAAAUCAUCGCAAGUCGCAAAGUCUAGAUGCAGCAGCUGCAUUAUCUGGUAUGAACACUGAUUGCGGUGGAAUUGUUAGUGGCGGUAAUGGUGGAGGCGUUUCAUUAGUAGCACCUUGUAAUAUAACAGCAGCUGCUGUUGCAGCAAGCGCUACCACCAAAUCGACACAGUGUUCACGUGAAAGUCGCUUUCGUUGUGUUGUUCCCUAUCCACCAAAUAGCGAAAUUGAGCUGGAAUUGCAAGUUGGCGACAUCAUUUAUGUGCAACGUCGGCAAAAAAAUGGCUGGUAUAAAGGUACACAUGCGCGUACUAAUAAAACAGGGCUAUUUCCAGCAUCAUUCGUCGAACCCGAUAUAUAAAUAUGAAAUGAGUAGGUUCGUUUGUACUAUAUGACCUUUAUUAUUUUUAUUAGAGUAGGCUCAAUAUUUUCCUUUACGAUAUAUAUAGCAAAAUAUGGCAUUUAUGGAAACGUUUGUUCAGGCAGGUUCUGCAAUUCAUUUCCGAGUAAAUUUCAACCAAAGGCACUUUGAAUUCAAAUUGAAUUGGAUUGAAAUUCACUCGGAAGUGAAUCUCAGAACCUGCCUGAUUUUAAGUUUCUAUGUGAAUGAGUAGAUUUUAUAUUCGCAAAGAUUAAUUAAAACAUCUAGUUAGAAUAGAGUAAUAUGUAUAAUAGAAUAAUCAGUUUUAACUUAGAUAACAACAGCUCUUCAAAUCUGAAAAAAAGCACAAUUGAAAUCAUAUUUUUUUUUUAUAUAACUACUUUUCAUUACCCUGCAAACCAUUUUUUCAGGGUA